UGUUAGCAAAUGUUAAUUACAUACGAGAUACAGUGUUAACAUGACCGCUAAAUGUUCAGUUUGGACACGACGGGACGGGACAGGAACAGGGGGCUGCAGAAAAAUGUGGAAAUGCUGCAAGAAAUAAAAUAAAAUGAAGAGCAGUAAAAUGGUUUUACUGCCAGAGACGCAGUCAGGAGUCAAACAGGGAAAAUGGAAAAGCUUUAACUUUACUUUCAGAUUAAAAACAACUUCUAUGUGCCACAACAGUCUUCAGCUAUUUGUAUGGACUUGUUUGGAGUUAAAUUUUUAUGUAUUGAUUCUUACUUGUUCCCUUAGAUGAUGCAGACUGACAUUAAUUUCAGAUGAUGGAGGCGAAAGGUCCACCUCAGUAUUUAGAGGACUUUUAUUUUGAAGAAGUGCUCGCUAGAGAGCCUUCUUGCGUUCUAUUGAUUUUCAUCUGGCACCUAAUUUUUGUGUCUUUUGUGUCUUAAGUCUUUAUAAAGUUUUUAAAUUGUAAAGAUUCAAGAAAAUCAAGGCCUCGGGAGUUUUAAAAAAUGGAGUGAAAUCAGCGUGAAUCAGUGAAAGUGCUUGACUUGAUAUAUUCUGUGCACCAAAUGAAACCACCAUACCUUCUCAACAAACGUUUUACUUGCAGCCACGAAGGAAGCCACAAGUAGAUUUUUUUCCAACAAUAUAAGGAACAGUUUUGGUCUUGCGACAGAUUCCUGCAGUUACGUUUUCCUCUGCUCGUCCUGUUGGUUUGAAACGGGCGUGGCUCAGUGGGCGAACAGUGAUGUCACGCGCCUCAGAGAACCAAUCAAAACUCAGAAAACCUGAACCCACACAGUCCUGAUGAAGCAGAGAAGCAAAGUGUGUUAAACUCUUUACAUUCAACUACACAGUAGGAUCAAUUAUAACAGUCAUGAAUAUUUAAUGUUUAAUUAGGAAAACUGAAGAUUUGAAUCGAAAUGUUCAGGGGCUUUAAGACGUCCCUUUAUCGGAAUUAAACCUCAGACUAUAAAAAAAAGAAAUAAAAAUAAGUUUAGUCUUGGUGCCUUAAAGGAAACUUCCACAGGAGCCAGAAACACAACAGAGAAACGUGUCUUCUCUCCACAUUAACAUGAUUUAUUUGGACCUGAUAAGACUGCAGAGUGUCAUAAAGGUCUUACAGUGUGUGUGUGUGUGUGUGUGUGUGUGUGUGUGUGUGUGUGUGUGUGUGUGUGUGUUCCAAGGCUGGCAUGCCCGAACACAGUUAAACUGAGGAGGAAACUGUAGAUUAUCAAAUUCCUCAUGUGUAGACCAGCUGUCCCUGUGUGUGUGUGUGUGUGUGUGUGUGUGUGUGUGUGUGUGUGUGUGUGUGUGUGUGUGUGUGUGUGUGUGUGUGUGUGUGUGUGUGUGUGUGUGUGUCUCACUGAGGGUCUCUGAGAAGUUGCUUAUGUGGCGCCUCAGCUCUUUCACUCCAUCAUUAUUUCCCAAUGUUUUUUUUUUCUCUCUCUCUCUCUCUUUUUUUUUGUUUCCCUUUCUGCCUUUUGUUUUUACGGCUUCUACGUCCCAAAAACAAUAAUCCAGAUUCUGAUCUCGAACCUUAAAUGUGACUCAUUGAACCAAACAGUGAGGAAUAAAUGAAUCAAUCAAAAAAUACUCACUGACUCUACUUCUCUACCAUCUCUCCACGUCUCCAUCUCUGCUCCGAUCCCUCCCACCUUCUCUCUUCUCCUGUCUUUAAUUACGGUGCCUCUGAUUGGUCCAAUCUGUCGGAAAGUUUCAGCCAAUCAGGCAUCUUGUUGAGGAGGCCCUUGACCCCCCUCAGAUGGUCCCUGUGUGUGUUUUUGUGUGCAAGCUGUUAAUGAGUGCUUGUUGCGUUUGUGUUGGGUUUAAAACCGUGUUUGGAAACCCUCCGUCAGGGCAGUCAGUCAGAAGGGCCGCAGGGACCGAGUGCACCAGGAGCCUCCAACACUCCCACAGAAACCAAGUGUCUGAGCCCAGGUGGACCGCCAGGCUUCGUUUGAGUCCACAUCUGGAUCCACACGCAGCCACGCAGAUAACACAACGACAGGUAGAGGAGGAGGUGAAGUCAUGGCUGGAGGGAGGAGAACCAGUUUCUCCGGCGUGUUCAUCACGACUGUGCUGGCUGUGAUGCUGCUGCCUGCGUUCUUGUCCGCCGGACCCAUUGUGCAAAAGUCGACAGGAGAUGGGGGAGAAAGUAUCAGAGAGAAGGCGGCUGUUGCAGAGUCACACAGGAGGCUGAUCCGCAACCGCAGGAACAUCAGCUGGUACAAACAGAACUCUGACUUCUGGGGCUGGUACAAGUACUUCACCGAAAACGGCAACACUGAGGCAGUUCAGGAGAUGGACCGUAUCUACCUGGCCUACCUCCAGAACAAGAACCGUGCUGAAGGACGCCGCUCCUACAAGGCCUACCUGCGCCACCUGGGCGAAAUCUACAAGUCCUGCGCUGAUUCUGACGACCCCAACUGUGUGGCUACCCACACCACCAGGCCCAAACCAGAGCCCCCGAAGCCUGCACCAGUGAAAACCUGCGACCCCACCAAGGACGCCUACUGCCUGUAUGCUGCUUUGGUUCAGGGAAAGAGCCCUUACCUGCCCCUGGUGCUCCCGGCUGCCACCCCUGCCCCAGCACCAGUGAAGGCUCCAGCACCUCUUUACGUUCGCUCUGCUGCUCCAGCCAAGGACCCGCAGUCGGGGUACUACUACUAUGCCCCCUCGACAACGCCGUUCCUCUCCAAGGAGCAGAAGACUGAACUGCUGCGUAUCUGCGCCUCCGACGACGUGGAGUGUCUGCAAUACCACCUGAGGGCGGCACACGGCUACACACCUUCUGCCGGACCUUUGCCCUCCUACGCUCACCUCGGCUGUGACCCCAAGAAAGACCCCAACUGCAAACCCAAACUGGUUCAGAAAGGCCCCUCUGGUCUCUACGUGCAGUACCCCAACUGUGAUCCAAUUCGGGAUCCGCUUUGUGCCUACGCUGCCUCCCUUGUGGCACCCCGUGCUCCUAACCCUCCUGCCCCUGCUGGCCCUGGAUCCUGCAACCCCCUUUUCGAAGAAGGCUGCAACCCUCUUACCGCCACCAAAUUUGCCACUCCCCCUGAGUCCUACAGAAGCGAGGACAAAGAGGAGGCUGCUGCCAUUCGUGCUCCUCCUCCUGCUGAGCAGAACAACGACCCCUACGCCAUGUUCAGGGAUGCUUAUGCUAAUGCUAAUGCUAACAGGGUUACUGAUCCCUAUGCCAUGUACCGCCAAGCUAGCGCCCCAGCUUCCCCUCCAGCAGCAGAUCCGUACGCCAUGCUGCGCAGAUACAUGUCCCAGGCUCAAGUGAAUGACCCAUAUAGUCCACGCAUGGAAGCUGCUCCAGAGUCCAACCCCAAUGAUCCUUUCCAUGCAAUCCGUGAGGCAGCAGCCGCCAUGCAUCGCCGCGGACCUCCCACUCCCAGGCAGCAGUACCCUUUUUCAAACCCCAAUUAUGAAGAGCCAGCCCAGGAGGAGCGCCACCCUCUGGGUCCCCCAGGUAAAACCAAGGAAGGCUAUGACUGCUUCAUUGGCUACGAUCGUGAGUGCUUCCCCGUGAAGCCCAGCGAGCCACGCUCCGGACUCCACCGUCGCAUCCCGUAUCCCGCUGAAGCCUACGAGCCCCACCUGAACUCUGACGGCACCCGAAAAGGCGUCCUGGAGCCUGCCAACCAAGACUGCGACCCUGAGUAUGACCGUGACUGCCGCCUGCGUCGCUACGAGCCCGAGCAGACCCACCCUGAGGUCCAGCCUGAGCGUCAGGUCGAGGAGGAUCACAGCCAGGGGGCAGCAGAGAGCGAGCAGCCAGACCAGGACCAGUACGAGGCGGAGCCCUACCAGAGCGGCCAGGAGGAGCCUCUCAUGCCCUUCCAGCAGCUCUCACAGGGUAUGCCCAGCCUCCAGGACAUACUGAGGCGCUACGGAGACCAGGUCCCUGACCAGUACGAUCACAGAGCCUACGCAGACGACUACCGCAAGAAAUAAACAUGCCAACACACACAUGCAUGCAGAUGGACAUGAAUACACAGUCCCACGCGUUCUUGCAGCUUGGCCCUUGAUCGCUUCAUCGCAGUAAGUCCUACGUGGACCCGAUAUGGGACUCGAGAGAAGUCUACGGACCCAAUGAGCAAGUACACAAAACGUACAUCCACAUGCUCAGAAAGCCGAGGGUGUUCCAGAAAUGUUUUCAACUCUCUUGCUCUUUCGCAGCUUUAGACCUGUUGCUUUGGCCUAUUACUGCUUUCCACUUUCCAGCUCCUCAAAUCAUUGGAAUGUGUAAUGACUUCUCAGUGCUCAGCUUCGCUUCUGUUUCUACGCAU